UCGGGUUCUCCUCCCUUACAUAACAGAAAAAAAAGAUGCAGAUUAAACUGCUGAUGUGAAGCAAAUCUCCCUCUUGGGCAUGCUAAAACCAUUUUGUGUCAAACACACAAAAAGAUGCUUGCGCUGCUGUGCUGCAGGGUGCCAGCUCCUUGCAUCCUCUCCUGAUGGCCCCAGGUUACUGAUCCUCAUCUGCCUGGCUGAAGAGCUGAGAGCCUGAAGUGGGACGGGCAAAGAGGGGAAACUCUGGCCCCGUCCCGUUCUCCACUUUUAAUGAGCGCUCCGAUCAUGCAGGAGUAAAAGUCCAGGUGGAACACUUGCACACACGCCAGCUAGUCCGUACUGUUCUCCAUGAAAGAGUAAAGAUUCGCUCGAAAACUGCGCACGGACUUAAUUUUUUUUUUAACGCCAGGAUUAUUUUACCUUCUCAGGUUGGGAGAUCAUACAAGAACGUCUGGCUGACCUGCUGAACCAGCUCACCACCCAUCAUGAUCAGGGCAUCGCUCACUGCCAUCUGCCUCGCGCUCCUCCUGUCCUGUGCUUGCUGGGCCAAGCCUAACGGAUCAAAGAACAAGAAACCAAAGCAAGUCGUUCCAGACAUAGAGUGUGACGUCAGGGCGGGAAAGAUUAACCUCCCUGAGUUCAUAGUCAAAUGUCCCGCACACUGUAAGGAGACAAAGCAGCAGGUCUACGGGACAGGAGUGUUCGCCUCCAUCUCCAGCAUCUGCAAUGCAGCCAUCCACAGUGGCGUCAUCACCAACACAGGAGGAAAGGUGAUCGUGAGGAAGAUGGCCGGGCAGAAUGUCUACAAAGGCAGCAACUCCAACGGGGUGCGCUCUCUGUCUCUACCAAAGUGGAGGGAGUCAUUUGUUGUCUCAGUGGGGAAGCCCAAGAAAGGAGUCAUCUACCCAUCUACCCUGGACUACGUCCCUUCAAGACCGACCUACGUGAAGACAAGUCAAAAGGAGGCUAAAUCCCCUGCGGUCACCACGGUGCUGCCCACAACAAUCGCACCUGAACCCACCACAACUAUAACACCUGAACCAACCACCACCACCACACUAGCUCCCACCACCACCACUACGCCUCCACCACCACCCACCACUGCCAGAGCUCGAGCUGCUGUGCACAAAGUCAGGGAUGCAGGCAGCAGUCACCCGUACCUUGCCUCUGUGGCAGCCGCAAGUUCAAGACAGUCACAAAAUGGUCAAGGAAAGAGUCCCAGCCAAGUAUUCAGAGGAAGUGCCUAUCCGAAUAGAUACCCACAGCGUACCAGUGCAGGUCUGCGCAGACCAGAGGCAGGGUCAGCUAUCAGGAGACAGCUAUCCUCUCCAGUCGGCCCAGCUUUUAACAGGGUUCAACCAGCCCCGCCCGAGCGGACUCCAACCAUGAGCCAGUCCAACCCUGCUUUUCCCAGAAGGGAUUGGGCGCCUCCCUCCUUUCCUCGUCCCGAUUGGUUCCCUGGAGCUCGACGACCAGCAGAUAUUAGUUAUGCAGUUCCAGAUUCAGGAUACACAUGGAGCGAGACAGACGCACCUGAGAUUACAGCUCGGGAUCACAGGCCUGAUAUCUCAGAGUAUGAGCGCUGGUAUUAUAACUAUGGACCGUACCCGCCCCGAUCCACCGACUCAGAUGUCAGCCGUAAGAUGCCGCUGGAUACAACCCACACUAGAGUGGAGCCAGUGGAUGCCUGGAAGCCAGAAGCAAACCUUUAUGAAUCAGGCUUCACUCUGAGGGAGCAAGAACCUGUACCUAGAGCACCUGAACCUGUGUCACAGGGAGACCCAAACUGUAAGGUGGACCUGGCCUUCCUGAUGGACGGGAGCUGGAGCAUUGGGAAGCGACGUUUUAAGAUCCAGAAGGACUUCCUGGCUGAGGUGGCUCAGACCAUCAACGUGGGUGUGGCUGGACCCAUGAUGGGCAUCAUCCAAUACGGGGAUGACCCCGUCACAGAGAUCAGUCUGAAGACUUACUCCAACUCCAGAGAGCUGAAGUCAGCCAUAGAUAAGAUUGUGCAGAAGGGAGGCCUUUCCAAUGUGGGAAAGGCCCUCUCCUACAUCAACAAGCAGUACUUCAGUGAUGCCAAUGGAAACCGAGGUGGGGCUCCUAACGUGGCCGUGGCACUGGUGGACGGCUGGCCCACAGACAAGGUGGAGGAGGCGUCCCGGCUCGCUCGGGAGUCUGGCAUCAACAUAUUCUUUGUCACCAUCGAGGGCCCUGACGACAAUGAGAAACAAAACCUGGUUGAGGCCAACUUCGUUGACAAGGCUGUGUGUCGGACAAACGGCUUCUUCUCCCUGCCCGUGUCCAGCUGGUUCGCCCUGAGGAAGACCGUGCAGCCCCUGGUGAAGAGAGUGUGCGAAACAGACCGCCUGGUGUGCAGCAAAACCUGCCUCAACGCCAACGACAUCGCCUUUGUCAUCGACGGCUCAAGCAGCGUGGGAACCGGCAACUUCCGCACCGUGCUGCAGUUCGUGGCCAACGUCACGCGGGAGUUUGAAAUCUCUGACACGGACACGCGCGUCGGGGCUGUGCAGUACACCUACGAGCAGCGGCUGGAGUUUGCCUUCGGCCAGUACAACAGCAAGGCCGAGCUGCUGAACGCCAUCAAACGCAUCAACUACUGGAGCGGCGGGACCAGCACCGGCGCUGCCAUCACCUACGCCGCUGAGCAGCUCUUCAGCAAGUCCAAGCCCAACAAGCGCAAGAUCAUGAUUGUCAUCACUGACGGUCGCUCUUAUGAUGACGUCAGGGCACCUGCACUGGCUGUCCACCGGCAAGGUGUGAUCGCCUACUCCAUCGGCAUCGCUUGGGCAGCCCAGGACGAGCUGGAGUACAUUGCCACCGACCCGGACAAGGAGCACUCCUUCUUUGUGGACGAGUUUGACAACCUCUACAAAUUUGUCCCCAAGAUCAUCAACAACAUCUGCCAGGAGUUCAAUUCCCAGCCCCGAAACUGAGGACAGACGGGUCGGAGGGGAGGCGUAAAGAGGGACAUCUCGAUCGUGGGCUGUCUUAACAGAACGCUGAUUGUAAAUUUACUCACUCUGUUGCCCAGAUGGUGGUGCUGGAUUGGCUGCAGCUCCCCCGUAUUUGAACAGGGAGGGGAUUUGAAUUUAGGUGAGGAUUUUGGGUUUAGACAAAAAAAAACAAAACAACAAAUCUUAAAAGUGAAUCAGCAUUCGGUCCCAAAUAUACAGAUGGUGCUAACAGUAAAGGGUUUGCAUACACAGUGACACACUGACAUCUCAUGUAGUGCCAGUUGUUCUCUGUUGGUGCCGUAAAGAGAACAGAGUACUCCUAAUCAUUUAAAAUGAUGGUACCACUUUCUAAUAGAUCAUCUUUUAUAACAGAUUUAUCAGUUGUGAAUACAAGUUUUUUUUUAAAUUUCAAUAAAUAAUGUUUUGAAGAUCAAUUAUAAGUUUGGGUUGCCAGGUUGUGAAAUAUCCGUCUAGAUGGUGUUUAUCUUUUUUGGUUUAUUUUCUUUUUUUUGGGCUUUGUAGUUUAUCACACAAACCUCCAAUGGAGGACACCUUUUCCUUCUGACCUUCUGGAAACAAGCUGAAGAUCAUCUUGACCAAAAUUCAUUUAUGAACAACUUGUCAGUUUUUACAAAUGGCAAAUUUGUAACUAUAAUUUGGUUAAAGCAAGUGACAUGCUGGAGGAGCUGAAGGGAUUUUUCACAACUUGCCAACUCAAAACUUCAAUAAACAAAAUAGAAAAAAAGGUUCCAUUAGAAAGUGUUACCAGACUGAUUAACAGACAUCAAGGUGCCUUACUGGGAUAUGGUGCUUGCAGAGAAAUGUAGAAUUAAAGCAUGCCUAGCACUUCCUCUUUUGGCUUAACAUACUUCAUAAACUUAAUAAUACGGUGCUUUUUAUACAAUUCUCUGUCAAGAGGAUAUACUUUCUUAGAAAUGGUGCAUUUUGAUCUUCCUAAUAGGAGAGAUUUGUUAGUAGGGACAUUGUUAAAGUUCCUCGCUAUGACAAUGGUGCUGAUCUUGCUGGUGUUUAAGUGGGAGGUGAAAAUGAGGCUCAUGUGCAACCAAUGAGUGGAUGAGAGGUGGCAAGUCAGCAGCAUGGAACAAGGAAGUGGACUUGUGAGAGAAGUGAGGAAAGAGGAGCUUGUAUAUCUUUGUACAGAGUGAUGGCAGAUGUUAACUUUGCUUCUCAGGAAUGAAAGCAAGUCGUCUCGUCACUCUUUUUUUUUCUAAUAGUGUGGUUGCUUUUAACAUUGCAGGCAUUUCUGUUUUGUUUAAAGAGUAUUUAUGAUUUUCUCUGUUAUGUCCUGUUUGUACAUAUGCAUAUUAAAAGCCUUUCGCUAAUAAUGUUCAGAUAAUUGAUCAAUAUUUUUUUUUUUUGCAAUUUUUAAUAAAAUAAAGAAAAUGAAGAGAA